AUGGCGGUGAACAUCAACGCUCCGGCUCCGGCGACCGCGAACCAGAGCCCCGGCAAGAAAGCAAUUCAGCUUCAAGUUUUGCUGUUGUGUUUUGAUAUGGAUAUGGACAACGAUUGUGCUUGGAAGCCAAAAGAAGGAAUGACUUUUGAUUCAGAAGAAAGUGCGUAUGAUUUUUAUAAUGCAUAUGGAGCAAGAAUGGGGUUUAGCAUAAGAAGGGAAUAUUGUAAGAAGAACAAGGUUACUAAUCGAAUUAUUUCUAGAAAUUUGGUUUGCAACAAAGAGGGAUUUCGGAAGGUUGACAAGCGAGACCCAUUGACAAAAAACCCUAGAGCUAAAACUAGAAUUGGUUGUGAGGCCCGUCUUUUUGUUAAAUUGGAUGUCAGUACUGAAAAAUUUGUUGUGAUUGAUUUCAAAGAAAAACACAACCAUCAACUUGUAUCUCUAGAUUGUGCCCAUAUGUUGCCAUCGCAGAGAAAGAUAUCACCUACCCAAGCAAUUGAGUUAGACUUAGCGUCACAGUCUGGUCUUCGUUUAGGGCAAUCUUUUGAACUCAUGGGUAGGGAAGUUGAUGGGAGGCAGUCUCUUGGGUUUCUCAAAGUAGAUCAAAAAAAUUACUUGAGAACCAAAAGACAAAAAAGUUUAGCAUAUGGGGAAGUAGUUACAUUUGAUACUACCUACAAGUUAAAUAAAGAGCAUAGGCCAUUUGCAUCUUUUGUGGGAUUUAACCAUCAUAGAGAAACAGUCGUUUUUGGUGCAGCUUUGUUGUAUGAUGAGACUGCCGAAACAUUUGUAUGGAAAAAAUGGGGUUGGGCAUAUGUUAAAUCAACAUGGGCUACGGGAAUGAGUACGACACAACUCAGUGAAUCUUUUAAUGCGUUUUUGAAGGAUUACAUUCGUUCUGAUUUUAAUUUAAAGGAAUUCUUCAUGCAUUUUGAAAGGGUACUUUUUGAGAAGCGGUACAAGGAGUUAGAAGCAGGCUAUGCUUUGUGCCAAAGGUUGCCAAGGGUGAGAGCGCUAUUCAGAAUGUUAAGUCAAAUGGGUAAUGUGUACACUAAAAAUAUUUUUGAGGAGUUUCAAGAUGAGUAUUUUCUUUCUGUUGAAUCAGACAUACAAGCAAUUGAAUACGGGGAGGGUUGUACUGUUUACACAAUUGUUGAUGCUACUGGAAAAAAUGCAAGGAAAGUGAAAAUGGAGAUGGAUGGCUCUUUGGCUUGUAGUUGUACAAAGUUUGAAAGGAAAGGGAUUUUGUGCAGUCACUGUUUGAAGGUUGUGAGAGACAUAUUGAAGCUUAAAGAGGUUCCUGUACAAUACGUUAUGAAGAGGUGGACCAAACAAGCAAGAGCAGAAGCUAUUAAGGACAACUUGGGGAAUCGGAUUGAAGUAGACGUCAAACUCCAACAAGCCUCGCGGUGUAAGACAUUGAUGACUGCAUUUAGAGCAGUAGCAUGUAAAGCUGCUGAAACUGAGAAAACUUAUGAUUUAGCAUUUUCACAAGUCGCUGCAUUAGAUGCAAAUGUUGAAAGCAAGAUAAGUGCCCUUUUUGUUACUGAAAAUGAAUUAAGUUGUAAUGAUCAACCGCAAAGCUUGGAAGUGGCUUCUCAAGACAACAAUCAUGUUAUACAAAUUCCAACAGGAUUGAAGAAAAAAGCCCCAAGUAAUAAGGGCAAAAGGAGGAUAAAAGGUCCAUGUGAGGUGGCGUUGGAAGCAAGCUUUAAAAGAAAAUCACGUGCUAAAUCUUUGAGUUCUUCACAAUCUGUUGCAGUUCUGACAGGUACACCUUCUCCAUUAUCUGUUGGAGGAGAUGUGUACAAUGAUGAAAAUGUUCCUCCUUCAGUUCCACCUCCAUUGAUAUAUCCCACAUAUAAUGCAAACAAUUUGCCAUAUUGUAGUGAACCUUCAUUUAUGACACUGCUUCAAGGUGGGUAUGACAUUGCUUUUCAAGAUUCUCAAGGCUCAAAUACAGAUUCUCGAGCAACAAACACUUUAAUGUGUAGUCAGGGUAUAGAUGGGCACAAAGAGAUGGAAGGUGGAAGGCACUUCAAAUUUUAA